GUGUUACCCAUUGGAACAUGGAUAUACAAGAAAUUCUCAAUAUAUUUAAUGCAAAAAAUGUAUCCCAAGUCAAUGAGGAUUGUUCUGAGGGUUUGGGAGGUAAUAAUCAGUCGGAGAGCGAUGAUUGUUCAUCCGAUGAAAACGAAGGUAACACUGAAGCAGAAACUAACAAUGAAGGGUAUGGAUGCAACUUUGAUUCUGAAAAUGGUAUAGAAUGUGCUGCUGACAUAGAGAAAAUUAAUUUUAAGGAGACAUGUUCGGAAGAAAUAAUGAGUUACCAUUUUCCGAGUCGUGAAGUUGCAUUCAUGUUUUAUAACUGGUAUGGUUGUUCACAUGGAUUUGCCGGUAGAAAGAGCCGGGUUGUUAGGAAUGUAAAAGGUGAAAUUGUGCAACAAACCUUUCUUUGCGAGAGGAAUAGAAAUCCUGAUGUUCGGAAAAGAGAGCAUAAACCUACUAGUCGGUGUGAUUGCGAAGCAAAAAUUCAAGUACAUAUUGAUUUCGAUAGCGGGCGUUGGUACAUAUCAAAUGAAUACAAUGAGGAAAUCUGGCAUUCCAACGUCACAGAUUUAUGGUUAUUUUGCUACACAGGCUGGUGGUUUUGAAAAUGUGGGCUAUACAAGGAGAGACAUGUACAAUGAGCAAUUGAAGGGGACAUGAAGCAAUAGUUCUGAUGUUGAUUGUGCAAUUGAAUUCUUGAAGGCAAUGUGUGCUAGGGAUGAUAUGAUGUACUGGAGGCACACUGUCAAUCAGGAUGGAACCCUUUGAUACUUGUUUUGGUGUGAUGGAAUUAGUCGUAUGGACUACUCGGUGUUUGGUGAUGUUUUGGCCUUUGAUGCAACCUAUAAAAAAAUUAGGUACAAUACACCGUUAGUUAUUUUUUCUGGCGUAAACCAUCAUAAUCAAAGUGUUAUAUUUGGUAGUGCAAUUGUGGGUGUUGGAACAAAAUUUGUUUAGCAAUAAUAACCCUUAAGAGUUUUGAAGAUAACAAAAUAUUAAAAAUUGUCAA